CUCAGUCAGAGACGCGCUGAAGCGCGUCUCUGACCUUGAUUCUUUCACAUCACUUACACCACAACCGCAUUUUUUACCAUCAAUACAACAAAUUCAGUGAAUCUUUUGAACUCAAAAUGGACCAAUCAUUUCCUCAAUUUACUAGACUUCCACCAGAAGUGCGUGCCGCUAUUUGGGAGCACACACUCCCUGAAGGAGAUGGUGGUGCCGCCUUAUACAUGUACAACAUGGACUGGUGGGCACAGUACUCUCCCCCUGGCGUUGCAUUUCACGACAUGACUACUCAAGGCAUUCAAAAAUUGAGCCGAACUCCUCGUGUUCAAGUGCCUAUUCCCACUUGUGCUGCCGUAUGCAAAGAGGGUCGACGAGUGGUUGAGCAAUGGAGGAAAAGGAAUAACUUGGGGUGGUAUUUUCGCGAAGAGACCAAAGGCGAUAUCCUCGUUCGUCCUUUUGACGAUGAGCGAGAUAUUCUCUAUGUUUCUCGACUUAAAUGGGAAUCCUUCCAACUUCUGGCCGUGGAUUGGGAGAAUGAUGAUGAACACGCUGCCGUCGUUCGCAUAAUGGAAAGCAUCAAAUACCUUGCACUCCCGGCAUUCACAGCUUACUACAGCAUCAGCACCAUCGCGGCUCUACUGCCAUGGAUGAAAAACAUCAAGACCAUCUACGUCGUGUGGAACAAACUCCCCAAAGCCCAUACAAUCAAAAGACCGCUGCCUGAUGUAGCAGAGAUAGCAGACAUCAAAGUAACACUGGACGCACCGGUGCAGCCACGAUGGGAACUUGAUAGGUUCCUGCAGCGUGAGAAUACGGUUGAGCUUCAUCAGCCUGAUGAAGAUACGGGUCGUGACUUUGUUGAGGAGGGUGAGCUUGCGGAGUGGCUUGAUGAUAUUGAUGAUUUGUGGAACACUACUGAGGUUGACCCGGAGAUUUGGGAUGAGGACGAGGAGAAGUUGAAGACGCCGCAGGUUCAUGUAACUGUGAAGGAGAUACCUACUAGGUGUUGAACAGGUGAUCUUGCAUGGGUUUCUGUUGUUCGAGUUGCUGUGCUCAAGAGCUUUACACCAAUGGAUUUAUAUGGCUCGGCUUAUCAG